AUGAUAAAUCUCUCACUUGCCUUCACCCAGAGGAGAGCAAUAAAGAGGAAAAAUGGUUCAUUUCUCAAGACGGGGAACGUUGUGACGAGUGGCUCUGCAUUUGACCUGCGUGAUGGGAGGGCACUUACAUUCAAUGCAGCAGGGCAGGUUUCAGAACAGGACCUAGAGGAGGUCCAAGAGGAGGUCCCAGAGGAGGUCUCAGAGGAGGUCCCAGAGGAGGUCCCAGAGGAGGUCUCAGAGGAGGUCCUAGAGGAGGUCCCAGAGGAGGUCUCAGAGGAGGUCCAAGAGGAGGUCCCAGAGGAGGUCUCAGAGGAGGUCCCAGAGGAGGUCCCAGAGGAGGUCUCAGAGGAGGUCUCAGAGGAGGUCCCAGAGGAGGUCCCAGAGGAGGUCUCAGAGGAGGUCCUAGAGGAGGUCCCAGAGGAGGUCUCAGAGGAGGUCCCAGAGGAGGUCCCAGAGGAGGUCUCAGAGGAGGUCCUAGAGGAGGUCCCAGAGGAGGUCUCAGAGGAGGUCCAAGAGGAGGUCCCAGAGGAGGUCUCAGAGGAGGUCCCAGAGGAGGUCCCAGAGGAGGUCUCAGAGGAGGUCCUAGAGGAGGUCCCAGAGGAGGUCCUAGAGGAGGUCCCAGAGGAGAUCUCAGAGGAGGUCCCAGAGGAGGUCUCAGAGGAGAUCUCAGAGGAGGUCCUAGAGGAGGUCCCAGAGGAGGUCCCAGAGGAGGUCUCAGAGGAGGUCUCAGGGGAGGUCCCAGAGGAAGUCCCAGAGGAGGUCCCAGAGGAGGUCUCAGAGGAGGUCUCAGAGGAGGUCCCAGAGGAGGUCCCAGAGGAGGUCCCAGAGGAGGUCUCAGAGGAGGUCCCAGAGGAGGUCCCAGAGGAGGUCCCAGAGGAGGUCCCAGAGGAGGCUGUGACACGAGGUUGA